GAAAAACAGCGAGCAUCCGGCGAGAUUUCACGAUAUUCAAUGUAUCCCUUCUAGCCACAAUCCCGUUCUUUGUACAUCUGAGAUCAACAUGCAUAUCCAAGAUGAUAUUAUCUCGCUAAAUAUGAUCUGGCUAAUUCGGUUAAUCGAACGCAAUUAUUGUUGACGAUUAGUAUGUCUGGAUUUGGUGAUCUUGAGAUAAUUGCGCGUUCAUGGGUUGAUUUAAAGGGGGCUAUGUAUCGAUAGCACAAUAACUGACCAGCACAAUGGCAAAAGAGCGCGCUCAGUUUUUCUCUGCAGCAGAGCAAGAACUUUUACUGGAAGGCUAUGCAGAAUUCCAAACCUUAAUUAAAACGCAAGGGAACACCUCAAAAGCUGCAAAAACCAGGAGAGAGGGCUGGCAAAAAGUUGCAGACAAAUUAAAUGCAGCCACCACAGGAGGACCCCUUAGAACAUUGGAACAAGUAAAAAUAAAAUACAAAAAUAUUUUACAAAAUGCCACUAAGAAAAGGGCUGAGCAAUUAAAAACAGGUGAUGGUCCUGCACCCCCAUGUUAUACUGCGGCUGAAGAGCUGGCCCUUGGGUUGAAUGUCGACUGGCCCAUUGUUAGUGGCAUCCCGGAGGGCAUCUCUUCCUUAGACACGCAGCCGGGGACCAGCAGCAGCACUUUCAUUACUGUUUCACACAAUACACCAACACUUUUACCUGUUCCCAUGCAAGUGGUGGCUGAAGCAUGUGCAGACAGUGAAGCAACUCUCUCUGAUGACUGUCCCUUGAAGGAAGAACCUGAAUCCACAUCUGCAGAGAGAACGGAUCCAGAGAUGACAGAGGGUGACGUCCAGUCCCUCUAUAAAAGAAGUCUGCAACACAAGCUUGAGUACUACGAGCUAAAAAAGAAAAAAAUGAUGGGAGAAAUUGAACUUCAAGAUUUAAUGAAGAAAAAGGUUACACUAGAGAUCGAGUUGCUUCAAAAGGAAGUUGAGAGCAAAAGAUGACCAAUAGCUGUCUUUUUUUUAGAAAACCAAAUAAAUCUUAUGAAAACU